GAAAAAGGCGGAAGCAGUUUGUUGCUAUGUAAACACGUGUUUCUAAUGUUUCUGAUUUAGAGAUUAAAAACAGCAUUUCAUCGUGAUCUUCGUGUUUCAGAUUCUUCAGUAAUGGAAGAAGCACUUGUGCGAGCCACCAUUCCUCAUGAGAUGGGGAAGGUUGUCGGUAUAACGCCUCAGAGCGUUGCGAAAGCCGCCGCCUUCACCAAGGCCUUCCUGAAGAACAGCCUCCAGCAGCCGGAACGGCACGACCUGAAGAGCAUGCUGAGCCACAAGGCUCUGAUCCUGGAGUACAGCAAGCCCAAGAAGGACCCCACGAAGAGGAGCAGCAAGAAGGCCAAAGGCCUGAACGCCCGGCAGAAGAGGGCCAUGAAGAUCUUCCAGAUCAAGCCGGAGCACCAGAGAUACGAACUGUUCCUGCCUCUGCAUGAGCUCUGGAAGCAGUACGUCAUCGACCUCUGCAACGGAUUGAAACCAACCAGCAGCCCACAGUUUGUUCAGCAGAAGCUCCUGAAGGCAGAUUUCCAUGGUGCCAUCAUCACAGUGGUCCGCUCUAAAUGUCCAUCCUACGUGGGAACCACCGGGAUCCUCGUGCAGGAGUUCAAACACAUCUUCAAAAUCAUCACGAAGGAGGACCGGCUGAAAGUCAUACCAAAGAGGAACAGCGUGUUUGCGGUGGAGAUCAACGGCUUCACUUCGCACAUCUAUGGCAGCAAGUUCGAGCAGCGAGCCAGCGAGCGCUCGGCCAAGAAGUUCAAAGUGAAAGGAACCAUCGACCUGUGAUCGCAGGCGGCGGCGUCUCGUUCAUCAGCAGCAGAGACGUUAGACUGGAACCCCUGCUGCCGACGCAGAAGGCCAAACGGCCUGAAGAUCUCAUCCAGGUCGCUGUAGCUUGUUCCGGCCGUGCAAAGUAUAAAGGAUGGAGUUUAUUUAUGUGCAGAGAGGCUUUGAAGAGACUGUUGAGCUCGGAAAGGCUGAACUGUGACUGCAGGUGUCGGAGUGUCUCCUCUACAGUUCCUCACAGGCUGUGUGAACACUGGGAGAUUUCAUGACAAAACUGGAGCAUCUGAGAGGAAUUCCUGUGAACACAUGUCAGUGUUUAUGGUUCUGUUCAGCCUUGUUAUUGUCUUUAAAUCGGUUGAUUUGCUUUCUUGAUACUUUUCACUUUACAUAUUACGAGCAACAGCAAUGGAAUGAAAAAAAGUUGUUCUUUGUUUUCCACAGCUGCUCUAGACUGAAACAAUAAAUCAUGAUCCAUGGAUUAACUGGUUGAAGUUCAUUUAGCAUCUUAAAGCUCUUGCAGAUUCAAAACCUGAAGCUGUCUGUGUUCAGAUUAUCUGCUGGAUUAUAACCAUGAUGAUCACUGAACAUGUUCCCAGCAGCACUGUUUGCUACUUUUAUUUCCUGAUUUCAAUCAUUUCCUCUUUGGUUGUUUCCAUCGACCAA